AUGACACAAGUACUGGAACUGAAGGCUGGGGAUUCACUUGGAGAUGCAAUACACUUGUUGUAUGAGAAGAAUGUAUCUGUAGCACUCAUUAAAGACUCAUCAUCAAACAACUUUAGUACCAACAAUGCUGCAACAUCAAAGUUCUUGGACCAAUAUAUUGGUGUAAUUAGCUUUGCUUCCAUGGUACUAUGGUGCAUUCAGAGGUUUGAGGAGGAUGCAGCUAACCAAAAUCAAAAGGAAGCUGGACGCCAUGCAACCAAGGGUUUUUUCUCUAGGCUAGAUCAGAAUUCUGACGUGAAGCAAACUAAGGUUGGAGAGCUGGCAAAAUUCUUCCUAUGGGAUCCAUACUUUCCUGUGCAUUUGGAAGACGACACUCUGUUUCACGUUCUACUGCUUCUAUCUAAACAUCGGGUCCUUGUUCUGCCAGUCAUAGAACGAGCCGCAGACCAAGUAAUCGGGUACAUCACACAGCAUGCAGUAGUGAAGUUUCUUCUUCAAUCAAGUGGGAUAGAGUGGUUUGACAACAUUGCUACUGUGUCAUUAUCAGAAUUUCGAUUUCAGAGGAAAAACUGUGUCUAUCAAGUAUAUGCAGACCAAAGUAUUUCAGAGGCAUUUCUAGUUUUGUCAGGAGAAAGGAUUGCUGCAGUAGCUGUAGUAGACAGGAAAACUGAUGAGCUAGUUGGAACAGUAAGGAAAGGCGACAUCACCCUUCUCCUAGAGAAUCAUCAGCUCUUUUCUAAAUCGAAGACUAUGACUUUGGCAGAGUUCAUCAGUAUGAAUGUUGAGGAUAACCACAACUCAGUUAAUGAGAAUCAGAAGCGCGAUAUUAUUUCCCAAAAAUUUUGUGUUAGGAACAACAAUAUCCUGAGAAUGGACUCACCAAUCAUGCACAAAGAAAUAGACAUCCUUAAACAGGUCAUGAUACAAAUGGCGGAGACAGACGGCGAAUCCAGCUUCAUAGUUGAUGAGAGGAACAGAGUGAUGAAUACACUUACCUUAAAAGACAUAAUUAUGGAAUUUGCUCCACCCGGUAUGGACUCGAGGAUCAAAGGAGGUGGGUUCUUUGAAUCUGCUUUAAAGCAAGCUGGGUGCCAUAUAGAAAAUGGAACCAUGGUUUCCCAGCAGACGACUGGGAUCCAGGGGAAGUUCAGGAUGCCUCUGUUACUUGGUGUUAAGCUGCAAUAUUUGUCACAGAUUCAGUCAAGUGACAAACCACAGAAAGAAAGCAGCAUAUAA